CGACUGGUGGACUCUCUUGGCUGUGGCUGCUGAUCCGCCAAUGUCAAAGGCACGUGCAGCAGCAGUUGCCCUUGCCCCUGGGUCUGGUUGAUCGCGAUGCACAUGACCGGAGCCUGACUUUGGUGCGGCGUGAGCACGAUGAUGCGUUGCGCGGUUCGGAUUCGUGAGAGCUGUAGUCAAAAGGCUGGAACGGAUGGAAUUAUCCGAGCAGAUUGGGUGGGACGGCGGAGGGAGCCCUUUGCGCCGUCACAAAUCGCAACCAAUCGCCGAGUUGCUUGUGUUAAAUAGCUCUUCGCGUACGACACGGCAAGCGGGCUGCGACGGCGACUUUCUCAUCUGCUCACUGCUCUGCUUCUCCACUCCGCUCCGCUGGCAGCGCAGGCCAUGGCGACACAGGCGCUGGCGCCCUCCCUCCGCCUCCUCCUGCUGCUACCGCUGCUCGCCGCCGCCGCCGCCGCCGCCGCGUUGUCUCACCCAGCGCACGAGUUCUGCGCGGUCGGGGGUGACGCCUCCGGCUGCGGCGGCGGAGGAGACGGCACGAGGAUCCUGAUCAAGGGCGGGACGGUGGUCAACGCGCACCUCGCGGAGGAGGCCGACGUCUACAUCGAGGACGGCGUCGUCGUCGCCGUCCGCCCAGACAUCCCGGUUGAUGUUGAUAAUGUCAGGGUAAUCGACGCAACAGGAAAAUAUGUCAUGCCAGGUGGAAUUGACCCUCACACGCACCUGGAGAUGGAGUUCAUGGGCACCGUGACCAUAGAUGACUUCUUCAGCGGCCAUGCUGCGGCACUGGCGGGUGGGACGACGAUGCAUAUUGACUUUGUCAUUCCCGUGGACGGCAACUUGACUGCAGGGUUGGAGUCCUACAAGCACAAAGCCGCAAAAGCUGCCAUGGAUUAUGGCUUUCACAUGGCCAUUACAAAGUGGAAUGAUGAGGUUGCAAGGGAAAUGGAAGUGAUGGUUAAAGAACAUGGGAUAAAUUCUUUCAAGUUUUUCAUGGCAUAUAAAGGCUCCUUGAUGGUUACUGAUGACCUCCUCCUGCAAGGCCUACGGAAAUGCAAGUCGCUUGGUGCCCUUGCUAUGGUUCAUGCAGAGAAUGGUGAUGCUGUUGCCGAGGGACAACAGCGGAUGAUUGACCUUGGGAUAACUGGUCCAGAAGGGCAUGCUCUCUCAAGGCCUCCAAUUUUAGAAGGAGAAGCAACUGCACGGGCAAUCCGUUUAGCUAAGUUCAUCAAUACGCCACUGUAUGUUGUUCAUGUGAUGAGCAUCGACGCAAUGGAUGAGAUUGCCAAGGCUAAAAGAGAAGGGCAGAGAGUCAUCGGUGAACCUGUGGUUUCUGGACUAGUGCUUGAUGAUUCUUGGCUUUGGGAUCCUGACUUCACGAUUGCUUCAAAGUACGUGAUGAGUCCUCCAAUCCGGGAAGCAGGGCAUGGUAAAGCACUCCAAGCUGCUCUUUCAUCGGGAAUUCUACAGCUUGUAGGUACUGAUCACUGCACAUUCAACUCCACACAGAAAGCUUUUGGUUCUGAUGAUUUUCGGAAGAUUCCCAAUGGUGUAAAUGGUCUUGAGGAACGGAUGCAUAUACUUUGGGACAGCAUGGUGGAGACUGGCAAGAUUUCUGUAACCGACUAUGUCAGAGUGACAAGCACAGAAUGCGCCAAGACCUUCAACAUAUUCCCUCGGAAAGGAGCAAUCCUGGAAGGAUCUGACGCAGAUAUCAUAAUCCUGAACCCUGAAAGGAGCUUUGUGAUGGGUGCUCUCACACACCAUUCGAGGUCCAACACCAAUGUGUACGAGGGCAGGAAAGGAAAGGGAAUGGUGGAAAUAACAAUCUCAAGGGGCCGAGUGGUAUGGGAGGAUGGCGUUCUGAACAUUGCACCUGGUUCAGGACGAUACGUCAUGAUGCCACCUUUCGGCUACGUCUUUGAUGGGAUCGAGAAGUCCGAUGCGACCUACAGAGCUUCCCUCCGAGCCCCUGUACAGCGUGGUAAAGCUGCUGCAUAGCUAUGACAGCUGCUGAUGCCAUUGACAGGGCAGUAGCCCCCCAUCUGAUUCAAGAACGAGUUGCUCCAAGGUGAACACCGCAUCGUUCCAUGCGUAUUGUCUAUACAGAACAGUUUAUUUAAGAUCAGAUUCAGGAUAGGUAAAGGCCUCAGCUUGCCUAUGUACAUCAAACACAUUUGUUACUAGUUCUGGUCAAUUUGUGCAACUAGCAAUUCGCUGUUCCAAUAAAUCAUAUUAUCACAUUC